UUUGGGCAGUGCCCCUUCGACCGUGGCUCGCUCUCUCUUUCUUUCUGGGAAGUGUGCGGAAUUCUCCCCCGAGGCCUGGGUCCCCAGCGCUGCCUCCCUCCCGUCAUCAAGAGAUGGGCAACCGGACUAAAGCACCCGUCCGGCCUGAGCUGGACGGCGCUCCUUGCCUAGGGCCACGCGGCGCUCGCUCCCCUGCCGGCCCCCCGGAGGCGCGCCAGAGGAAGCGCAGCGAGGAGGGGCCCCUUCCGUCGGUGCUGCCGGGCACAAGGCAGCCCAUAUUUGGCCCGAAGAGCGGCAGCUACCCUCGGGGCAGGGAAGGCUGUGCUCUCCCCCGGCUUUGUUGCUUGGGCGGCGGGGUGGCUCCGUGCGCGGGCCCUGAGUAAGUGCGCGGCGGGGCUCGUCGAGUGCGGGGCUCCCCCCGUCGCCGCCCUUGCGGGUGAGCGCUUUUGCUGCAUCCUCGGGCCGGGCCAAGCCAGACGGCCCUUGCGGGGGCGCCUCCGCUCCCGCGGGGCUCAGAUUUAUUUAUUUUUUGUUCGCUCUCGAGCAAAGGCCCCGCUCGCCUCGUGCAGUUCCCGCCGUCCGUCUCUGCGGGGUUUCUGCGCAGGAGAGCAGCACCCACCGCCUGCCCGGGACCCGCACGCUCGGAGGGCGCGCCCCGGGAGACGCCUCGCCCGCCAAACCUGCCCGCAGCGGCGGAGAUAGAGGCGGGAAGAAGGAAAGCGGCAGCGGCUGGUCUGCCCGGGAGUUGCACCCGCAGAGCCUGGACGGCCUUAAACGUCUCUCAGUCAGAAGCGACCCUGGAAGGCCCAGCGGGCGGUAUUGCGAGGACUGCUGAGAAGAAAACGCUUUAACGAAGCAGCGGUGGCCCGACCCCUUCCCGUCCUAUUGCCUCUGGGCAGCCCCCUCACCCGGCCCGCUUGGCGGCCCCCGGAACAGCAGCAGGCGGGCAAAGUGCUGGUCAUUCUGCGCCUGCUUGGCGGGCCCGGCAGCGGGAGUCCGGGGAUGCCUGCCUUACAGAACCCACCCCUGGAGGGAGGAGGAGGAGGAGGCCCGGUGACCCAGACAGCCAGACAGUGGAGGCCCAGAACAGCCCCAGCCCUAGGAUGGGCCUGCGAGAGUCCCCCUACUCCAACCGCUUCCUGGGGGGCGCGGAUGCUGUGCUGAGAGACUUCCUCUUCCCCAGUUACUGGCUGGUGAACCAGCUGCUGGCCUUGCAGAGGACGACGGAGGAGAAGCAGGAGGAUCAGCGCCACCCCAGGCCUCCUUACGCCCUGCGGGCCUUGGGCAAGGGGCUCCUCCUGGUGCCGCUGCUGCUCCUCUUGGCCCCUUCCUCGCUUGUGGCCUUCCUGUUGUGGCUGCCCCUGCAGGCUGUGCGCCGCCCUUUCGCCUACCAGCACACGCCGAGCCAGUCCCCGCCGGAGGAGUGGGUCCUUCCUGGCAAGGCAAAAGCCUUCACCUUCAUCAGUGGCAACCUCUGCCUCCUCCCCGUCGGCUUGGCCAAGUUCAGCAACUUGGCGCGGACGCAGUGGCGUGCCGCGCGCAUUGCACACAAACUCGUGCAGGCGGCACGCCGCCCCUUCUCCUCACAGCACGAGCCAAGCCCCAGAGGCGGCCUCCAGAACGGCUUCAGCAACCCAAACACGAAGAUGUAUGGGGCCAUGGAACCCAGCCCUCCACGGUCAAAUCAGAGCUCCCCCCGGGGUGAUGCUGAUGUGACGCUUGAGAUUCCCCUGGACGAGGAAGGAAAGGCUCCCGGGCCGCCCUCGGAGAUCACUGCCCUCUUCCCCUCAAAUGCAGACUUCCUGUGCCUGCAAGAGGUCUUUGACCGGCAGGCCACCUCACGUCUGCGCCAGCUCCUUAGCCCCUGCUAUGAGCACAUCAUCUACAACGUGGGCACCUACGGCCUGGUGGGCUGCUCUGCCUUGAAACUCCUAAACAGCGGACUCUUUCUGGCCAGCCGCUACCCCGUGCUGGCUGUGAAGUACCACUGCUUCCCCAACGGCGCUGGCGAGGAUGCCUUCUCCGCCAAGGGACUGCUGUGUGCACAGGUGCAACUGGGAGCUUCCCAAGGGCAAAGGAUUGUGGGAUACCUGAACUGCACCCACAUGCACGCUCCAGAAGCCGAUGCAGAGAUCCGCUUCGACCAGCUGAGUUUAGGGCUGCUCUGGGCUCAGCUCUUCCAGGAUGCCAACGCUCAGCCCGGGGACAUUGUGGCCUUCGACAUCUACUGCGGGGAUCUCAACUUCGACAACUGCUCUUCAGGGGAUGAGUUGGAACAAGGGCACGAGAUAUUCACCGUGUACACAGAUCCGUGCCGCGUAGGACCCAGGAAGGAUAAGCCUUGGGCUAUUGGCACCCUGAUGAAUCACCUGGAGAUCUAUAGUGAAGCUGUGUCGACCCCGGAAAACAUGAAGAGAACUCUGGAGCAGCCCGAGGGGCGGCGGAAGUACCUGGUUGGCCCCAUCAUGGAGGACGGGAGCCCCGACCACUCGGCUGCCUGGAGCGAGGGCCGGCGCAUUGACUACAUCCUGUACCGUGACCAUCUCGGGCCCGUGGAGCUGAAAACUGCUGUGGAGAAAUUCUUCUUCGUCACUCAGCUGGCCGCCUGCUCUGACCACUUGCCUGUGGCCCUCCGACUCCUCCUGACUCCCCAGCCAGAAGCAUGAACUCUGCCCGCUGCCAACUCUGCUGGGGGGUCCCUGAGCAAGAUGGCUCCCCUUCUCAUUGCCCAGCAGCAGAAGGACCAGGCGCUGGGCCCUGUUCAAGAGGGCGGGGGGCCCACUCCUGUACUGAGCACGUGGCCCUGAGGGGGGCUGAGCGGAGGCCUCUUGCCCGCCUGGAGGGGAAGGAAGGAAGGGGCUUGCUGACAGGUCACGUUAUUGGGGAGGGGUGGAAGCACUACCCUUCUUCCACCCCCCAGUCUUAAGAGGCCCUUCAGGAGCACCAGCCGCUGACCCAGGGCAGAAGGGGAUGCCUGGAGUGACCAUCACCCCCCCAAACCAAACGGGGUUGUAAAAACAAAUGUUCUGCGUGACAUGAUGGGAUUGCAAUCCUUCUGUCCAUCUCUCUAAGAUUCUGUAAGGUGUGACCCUUGUUUCCCACCUCGUGGUGAGUGAUGGGGCACCUCUGGGAUGGAGUUGCAGCCGGGGGGGGGUGGCCCAUCCCCUGUGGAUGAAUGUUCUUUUGCUCGACGCCUGAAGUAUCCCCACACCAAACAUAUUUUUCACCAUGUGCAGCUUCUGUUUAGAAACCCAGAGUAACUUUGUGUUUGUUCAGGCCUGCCCAGUAGAACUGAAGUGUAGGACAGGCACACUCUGCAUAUGUUUCAGCAAACUGACAUGUUUCCAACAAGAAUAACUGGCUGCCCUUAAGCAGAGUCCUUCCAAAGUGAUGUAUUCUUAGUUCCGGUGGCUUUUAAAGGCACAGUCAAGAACAUGCUAAAAUUUGCCUAGCGGAGCUCAGUGCUCUUCAGCUGGGGCUGGACUGUCUUCGCUGCAAUCCAGUCAGGGUCAGUGCCGUUCCCUACAUUCGCUUUGAGUGUUCCAAGAUUUCACUGUGUAAAAUAGCCGAAAGACAAAUUGUGUAAUGUGGGCUUGAAGGAUACGGUUCUGACUCUACAGCCAAGGUGCUCUGCUCUGUCCUUCAUUCUACAUCAUGAGCAGAGUUGUGGUUGCUAGCAAUAAUGCUGAAGAGGACUUGUGGGGCGCGGAACUGACUGAGGAGGCCGGGUGACCCUGGGCCUAGGGGUCGCCUGUGGCUAGAGGUCCAGUUGCCUUCUCAGGAGGAGACGGCCUGCCUGCUUCGGUCACCGUUUCCACCUCGGCAAUCUUGUGCGUGGAAGUGUGACUCUGUCUCCCAACACAGCGAGGCUCCCUUGCCCCUUCUGCAUGCGACGGCACCUCUGGAGAGGGUCUGCUGGCUGUCAGGCGGCAAAGUACAGUUCUGGGCACGUUGUGUCCUUGUGUUCUCUUUUUCUUAUGUAUCAAUUGUAAUUGUAAUAGAGCCCUUGGCUCUGCAUUUCACUCGCUUGUUUUCA